GAUGGGCAUACCGGCCACGGACGUCGCCAGAGGUACGCAUGCCCCUCCUAUGUUCCUCCUUUGCAAUGCCGGUGACCGGUUCUCCCGUGUCGCAACGACCGCGGCAUGGUGCUCGUCUAUACUAAUUCCCUUUGCCUUGAUGUAGCUGCCCGUUUCUACAAAACCGUCUUCGACUUCGAAUGGGUUCCAAGUCCAAGAUAUGACGCGUCCGAGCUUCAGAUGUUCGACUUCAGUGGCAAGGGGGUCAACAUCAGUGGAGGGAUCCAAAAGGUCCCCGACGAGACAGGACUGCUGAACGCCGGGCCUGGUGGCGUUUGUAUCCACUGGCUGGUCGAGAGCUUGGAGGAUUCAGCGCGAGCCAUCGAGGGGGCCGGGGGGGAGGUGUUGACGGGCACUAUGAAAGAAGGAGACUUUGGAGUCUACCGGUACUUUAAGGACACGGAGGGCAAUGUUGGGUCAAUGCACCAGAUGGUUACUAAAUCCGCUUAAGGCGGCGGAGGGCUGGGAGGUCUUGUAUUUUGUGUCAGACAAUGAGAAACCAAGCUCCUUUAAUUGAUUCACUAUCCUGUCUGUUAAGCAGGAG